AUGGGUGCGCACUCUGCAGUUUGGCAAGGUACGAUUGAAGUACCCUUGAUGGGAUCCGGCCAAUUUGACAAGGCUGCCAUUCUGAGCUACGACCUUUCCGGCACCGAGGCUUACUCUCCCGGCUUCACGAUCAGCACCGAAGAGCUCCAGGGCCUCGUUGCCGCCUACAAGGAUAGUGGUGCGACGAUGCAAAAUGGUUUCAAGGUCGGCGGAGAGAAGUUCCUCGCUAUUAGAGCUGACGACCGCAGUCUAUACGGAAAGAAGGGCAAGGAGGGUAUUAUCGUUGUGAAGGCCAAGUCCUGCGUCAUGAUCGCCCACCACCCCGAGUCUAUCCAGACCACCAACGCCGCAACCGUUGUCGAGAACCUUGUUGACUACAUCAACAAGUACUAG